AUGGCUGAAGUAAAUUGGCAAGAACUGAUUCAGAGGAAGAGGGCAGUAAGAGAUGCCCUCAUUCCCGCAGAAUGGCGGCUGCCGACGACGAUUACUGAAAAGGUCUCCCCGGAGAGCUCGCACAGCGCCUUCGACUUGCUAAAUGAAGCUGGGCUCCUGACUGAUCGCGAAAUCAACAUCACAGAAAACAACACUGCAACUAGUCUAACAGCAAAGAUCGCCUCGGGUAAGCUUUCAUCAUACGACGUCGCCGCGGCAUUCUGUAAGCGGGCAGCACUCGUACAUCAAUUGACGAACUCCCUGACGGAGAUCUUCUAUGACAAGGMGCUCAAACGCGCGCAAUGGCUUGACGAAUACUUCGUCAAGGAAGGUAAAACAGUCGGACCCUUUCACGGCCUGCCCAUCACUCUCAAGGAUAUGAUUCAUGUGAAAGGCGAGUACUCUACGAUGGGUUUCGUCGAUCAUCUCAAGUAUCCUGUUGCAGAUGAGCAUGCCGUGAUCGCCGAAAUGCUCGAAGCUGCAGGAGCCGUGUUUUACUGCAAGACCAAUGUCCCUCAGACACUCUUUGUCUGUGAGAGUUUCAACAAUGUGUUUGGGAGAACCCUAAACCCCUACAAGCUUUGCCUUACGCCCGGUGGCAGCAGCUCAGGUGAAGCAGCCCAGAUAGGUCUCCGCGGAUCCGUCAUGGGUGUUGGGUCGGAUAUCGCUGGCUCAGUGCGAGUACCUGCAUUGUUCACUGGAGUCUACGGAUUCCGGCCUACAGUUAACAGACUACCAUUCUCGAAACAGGCGGAUCUUGCCUCUAAGGGAUGGCAGGGUGUUCAACCAACCCUUGGCCCAAUAGCUCACACAGCACAGGACCUCACAUUGUUCAUGAAGACUGUGAUUCAAGCUGAGCCUUGGCGUUACGAUUCCACAGCGUUUGCCAUACCGUGGCACGAUGCUCCCAGGAAGGAGAAGUUGACUAUUGGAGUAUGGUCGCAAGAUCCCGAGUUCCCCGUUUUCCCACCUAUUGCGAGGACCAUAACUUCAGCAGUGGACAAGCUCAGAGCUGCAGGGCAUACAAUUGAAGUCAUCAAGGCUCCACCAACCAUGAAGGCAAUGAAGAUUGCCAUGCGCUGGUUCGCAUUGGACCAAGUAAACCUACCCUUCAAAUUCCUCAAAAACGGUGGCGAAAGCCCUAUAGCGGACCUAGAUGCCAUGGACCCUGGCAAAUUCUUGGACCCUGGAUUCAUUCCAGACCUUAACGAGAAUAUUCGCAUCAGUGCCGAUAUACAUGACUAUCGAGAGGAGUGGGCGAAGAUCUGGCACGAUGCUGGUAUCGACGUCUUGCUUUGCCCCGCCAGCCGUGGCUCAGCCGUUCCACACGGAGAGUUCGGUCCACUGAUGUACACGAUCCUAUGGAACUUACUCGAUUUCCCCUGUAGUGUUGUUCCUUUCGGCAAGGCCGACAAGACUGUCGACUCCAAAGACGGAUAUGAUGCGAGCGUCGUUGAUGGCGCACCAACGGGCUUCCAGCUGGUUGGAUGGCGGUUUCAGGAUGAACAGACGCUGAUGGCUACUGAGGUCAUCGCAGACGCAUUGAAGGCCUAA